AUGGAUCGUAUUUUUCAGAACAUGUCUAUGUUCGAUGCGAAUGCAAAAGUAGACCGCCAACCGCCACCAAUGCCCGAUCCAACCGGCGUUGAGUAUCCGAGGGCUGCUAGUUGGGCUUCUGGCACAUGUGCUGCUGUUCUGAAAGAUGAAAAAGGAUGCCAGCUAUUUCGCUGUUUCCUCUACGAAUCGUUGGCCGAAGAAAACCUGUCGUUUGUCGAAGCUGUGGAUAAGUUGAAAAAGAUGAAAAACAGCGACGAGAAGAAGGAAUACGCCAAAGAGAUUGUGCAGUUAUACUCGCCGUACAUCAAAGCGCCCUAG